UACGCUGCUCUGCAUAACAGCUCGCCACAGUGCGCCGCAAAGAGCUAUCAUCAUAAGCGUAAAACGGUCACUGAAAUGAAUAAAUAUUUGAAUACAUUUGCACUCGUCGCGUUCGUUACAAUUGCAACACCGUCAUUGAGUCAAUUACUUGAAGCACAACCGAUCGACAGCAGUCCCACAGCAGCACCACUCGGCUGUCACCAGCGGCUUUAUACAUACCGCAUCACACAAGCGGAUGCACAGGGUCGCGAGUGUUGGGAUUAUGUGAGCGUACGUUCCUGUUGGGGUCGUUGUGACUCCAGUGAGAUUUCCGAUUGGAAAUUCCCAUACAAACGUUCUUUUCAUCCCGUUUGUGUACAUGCGACACGCCAACCAGCUGUAGCGGUGCUGAGAAAUUGCCAUCCGGAAGCCGAUGAAGAAACACGUCGUUAUGAGUACAUGGAGGCUGGCAGUUGUCAUUGUCACACAUGUUCUACUUUGGAUACCAGUUGCGAAGCGCCGGUGAACAAUAUAAUCGAUGAGAAGUCCGGCAUGAAGGUGUUGGCUUUGACUGGUUCCGACUCAGAUGUUUUAGAUUAUUAACUUUAAGCAGUACAAUGAUUCGCGGAUUUCGGUAUUUCCAUUUUACAUAACGCCUUGUAUUAUUAAAUUAUAUAUCGAUUUACUAUAAACUUGUUACUAUCGGUUGCUGUUUGCAUUAAAUUGAGGGCAGCGAUGCGAAUUUUUAAAAACACAAUAAAAUUAUACAUUUUAAAGUGACUGGAUGCAACAGUAAACAUUUCGGAUGCCUUUGAAUUAUGCAAUUAAAUUUAAAUGUCUGCGUUACUAUCGAUAAACAAAGGGCAGCGUUGCAGGGCGUUAAUAAAUAAUACUUUAUGGUAUAUAUAAAUAUAAAUAUUAUAUAUAAUAAGUAAAUAUGUUGAGUAAACAUUGUUAUCAGCAAAUAAAACUUGAAAAGUUUUAAAAUUUUCGUUUUUCAUUGUAGCAUUGUGGUUCAAGGCAAUACCACAAUUUAUAUU